AUGGGGAUGAUCAUUCUGGCUUCCAAGAUUUCCAUCUGCCCCCAUUUCCAGCAACUAACCCUCGUCUCUUUCAAAUGUCGCAUCCUUGCCUGCUACUCGCCUCAGGUCAAGGAAUUUAUGGGGCGAAGCGCUUGGGACUACGAUGAGUUUCUCACGCUGGAAGAUGCUAUACCAGCUGUUGCUGGAACAUACUGGAUCAUGUCGCCCUUUCAGACGUCUUAUGCUGGCCCUGCCAGGUCACAAGUCCCAGAAUGCCCCGACAACACUGGUGAAGGUGGACUCCAGCGGCGGAUAAAAGCACACAAGCGAAUUCUCAGCCAGGGCUCAGAGACUAUCCUAGGAAGCUACUCUGCCAGACAUGUGCUCCCCACACCCAUUCUCUUAGGACUAGGUGCAGCCAAUAACACCCUGUACUGCCACGUGAGUUCAAAGCGAAGCAUGGACUGGGACUCCGCUGUCAUUUCGAGCAGUCCUAUCGUUCGAAAACGGAUCGUUUAUCUCUUCUACUACGACAAUUUCGUUGAGCCACUUUCGUUGUUGAGGCCCGGGAUUCGACCCUUUUCUGGAGCCUCGACCAUACCAUUAGUCACGACGCUGCUGUGCAAGUAUCUCACGACGCACUUCGCUUGCAUAUCCACGAUUCCUGAACUCGAUCGCACAUCCUUCCUCAAAGGCUACUUCUUGGUCUCGAAAUUGAACCUAAGCCAAACUAUCACCAAAUGUUCCCACAGCUUCCUGCUUGUCGUGGAUCACUCGGAGGCUUUGAAUGCCAUCCUCUACUUCCAAGAAGACGGCGAAAAGAAUUCCACGGCGUCAUAA